AUGAGCCAAGGAAAGUGGGAAAACAAUGAGGAAAUUAAAAUUUUCCGUGAAUAUUUGCGCAUACCGACGGUGCAUCCAAAUGUGGAUUACACCGGUUGCGUGGAGUUUCUGAAACGGCAGGCCGCUAGCUUGGAGCUACCUGUAGAGGUCAUCUGUCCAGUGGUGGAGACCAAGCCAGUGGUGGUCAUAAAAUGGCUGGGCAAGCAGCCGGAGCUGCCAUCCAUUAUACUCAAUUCGCAUACGGAUGUGGUGCCUGUCUUUGCCGACAAGUGGACACAUCCUCCGUUCGGAGCAGACAUAGAUGCUGAGGGUCGAAUCUUUGCACGUGGUGCACAGGAUAUGAAAUGCGUAGGUACACAAUAUCUAGGCGCCGUACGCGCGCUUAAAGCCUCUGGCUUCCAGCCCAAACGAACUGUCUAUUUAACCUAUGUGCCGGAUGAGGAGAUUGGCGGUCAUUUGGGUAUGCGUGAUCUGGUUCAAAUGGACUACUUCAAAAAGCUUAACGUAGGCUUCAGCUUUGACGAGGGCAUUGCCAGUGAAGACAACACAUAUGCCUUGUAUUAUGCCGAACGAACAUUGUGGCAUCUCCGGUUCAAGAUCAGCGGCACUGCAGGCCACGGCUCGUUGCUACUGACGAACACGGCGGGUGAGAAACUUAACUACCUGGUGAAUAAGAUGAUGGAGUUUCGCGCCUCGCAAGUUAAGCGUCUGGAGCAGGAUCCCAACAUUGACAUUGGCAACGUGACGACAGUUAACCUCACGCAGGCGCAUGGUGGUGUGCAGAGCAAUGUGGUGCCACCUAUUCUGGAAGUCACCUUUGACAUACGCAUUGCCAUCGAUGUAGAUGUGGCAGCCUUUGAGCAGCAGAUUCGCAACUGGUGCGCCGAAGCUGGUGGUGGCAUCGAGCUAGAUUUUGAGAUGAAAAAUCCGUAUGUGCCGCCCACCAAGAUCGAUGCAUCAAAUCCAUAUUGGCUAGCCUUCAAACAGACUCUCGAUGAACUCGGACUUAAGGUGCGCACUUGCGUCUUUCCCGGCGCCACCGACAGUCGUUAUGUGCGUGAAGUUGGUAUCCCUGCCCUGGGCUUCUCACCCAUCAACAACACGCCCAUUCUGUUACACGAUCAUGACGAGUUUUUGCGCGCUGAUACCUACUUGCAUGGCAUCGAGGUAUACAAGAAGCUCAUCUCAGCUGUGGCCAACGCCUAACCUCCCCUCCCCGGUGGCAAUAUGCAACUGUGAAGCAAGCCUCUAUAUGCAUUUAUGUAUAUUACACAUUUUUUUAAUGGUUUUUGUGUGGGUUUUCCACUGCUCUUUAGGCAGUAGGUAGAAUGUAAAACAGGAAUAAAAUGAAAUAAGCCUAGAGGACUGGAAAA